CGUCUACUGACAGCAGAAUCAACGCCCCCGGCGCUACUUGUCGUACACCAUUUAACCAGAACGGAGCAUGCGCUGUUGGCUGUCCCCUACCAACUUAAAAGAUCGGUAUCCUGCGGAGGUUAUGAUCAAUCAUCAUGCCAUGUGCAGAAGCAUAAAGUGAAAAUGACGUGAAUGUUAAACACGAAAUUGAUGAACGAAAAUGGAAGUACUACGAAUGUUACUUGACUUUGGGUUGGAUUAUAAAUUCCUCCUGGGUUUGGGAAUAGGGUUUAGUUACAGUAUAUUCAAGUUGCUACGAAACAACUCUAGCAGUAAGUCUGAUUUGGACGAACAACAUAACGUGAUAUUUAGCGAUGCUGAUAGCAACUACAAGCUGGUAUUGGUUAUCAGAACUGACUUGAAAAUGGGCAAGGGGAAAGUCGCAGCACAGUGUUCUCACGCAGCUGUCGCAGCUUAUAAAUUAGCUACGAAGCACCCACAAAUUCUCAGGGAAUGGGAUGAUUGCGGCCAAGCUAAAAUAACAUUGAAGGUGGACAGUGAAGUAGCUUUACUUGAACUAGCGAAGCAUGCCAAGGCAAUAGGUCUUCUAUCUAACGUAGUCAGAGAUGCAGGUCGAACUCAGAUAGCAUCUGGUAGCAGAACUGUUUGUGGGAUUGGUCCAGGUCCUGAAGAAUUAAUAGAUCAGGUGACAGGACACUUGAAAUUAUUUUAACAUUUUAUUGAUAAAUAAAGCAUAUUUUAAAAAAAAAUUCGAUUUCUUCCAUAAAUAUGAUAAACUGCUAAGAUAUUUCGAUAAACUUGUGGAUUAAGUGUCAGUAGAACACUUGAACGUUAUGAACACGUCAGAUUGUUACUGCAGGCAUGCGAUGAUGGAAUGUAUUAUUAUAUUUCAUGAUACAUAAUAUCUUACACACAGAAGUCUUAUGGAUAAUAUGUUACAUUUUUCUUUUUCGUUCAA